CUCUGCGGAGAAGCAGGCUGCAAAUCGACUUCCCAAAUAAACAAUCCCUUCUCUACUGCAACCGAGUUCUGGGUAUUGUGGCCGAUCAGGACAGAGUGAAAGAGCAGGAUGUUUGUCUCGCCGGUUGUCCCUCGGCGCCGAUCAAUACUUACACCGGGUUCCAGAGAAUCUUGGGCGCCGAUUCUCUCGCCGCAAGCUCACUCUUCAGAGAUUAGAGGUGAAGCUUCCCAAUCUGCGGAAGAUCGGUUUUGUGGAUUGCGCGUUGUCCAGGAGAGAUCGCGUGUUGCACAAGUUCCUGCUGGGAUCGCCGGCCAUCGAGCACCUCCGCAUCCGCAACUGCGACCGGAUCGAGAGAGCCGUCGGCGGCGUCUACAAGAUUGUGAUUCCGGCGGAGAAUCUCAAGUAUUUCGAAUGCGUGGUUCGGAGAUGCUACCCGCAGACGGUGACCAUGGACAUCCAGUCCCGGGUUCUCCAAGCUUUCCGUUUCAAGUACUCGCCGUCGCCGGUGCGUGGCAAACACCCGCCGCUUUUCAGGAUGAACAUCGACCUCACGCGCCACCAAUCCCUUACACAGUUGAGGCUGACGAGGGUGACGUUUCUCCGGCGCUCAGAUCGCCUCCCGAUGGACUUAAUCCCCGGAACCUUGGCCGCCGUUCAAGAUUUGCGUCUGAAAUUCUGCCGGUUUCAGCCACGGAACUCCGUCCCGGACCGCAACAUUCUCACCCAGAGCCUUGCCAGAUUGGUGUUGUCUGAAAACGUAGGAUUCAACCUCGGCGUCAACAUUGUUGCCCCAAGUUUAGUUUCGCUCAAAUACCAUAAUUCUUCUUCGCACCCAUCAAACCCUUUGUCUCACGUUAUCGCCCCAAACCUCCAGGACAUUCAUAUCAAAAUCAAAGCACCCAAUCGGCUUUCUCUCAUAGCCUCCAUUAAUGAUGAACUCAAGAAGCUUAGAAUCUACCCCUAUGUUAACAUACAAUGCUUCCCUCUUCCCCACAAAGAACAACAAGGGAUAGUGAUGCAACAAAAGCUAUUUGAAGUGAACUGGAAAUCUCAUCUGGAAUGUGAAUCAUUUGCAAGUAAUGGUGUAUGCAUAUCAUCCCGGACUUGCUGAUUUAUUCUCCAUGAUGAAGAUCCCAA